AUGUCGUUCCGCCGCGCCUUGGCGCUGGCCGCCUGCGGGCUGGCCGGCGGCUCCGUCCUCUUCUCCGCCGUUGCCGUGGGCAAGCAGCCGGCCCGCGGCGGCGACGCCGAGCCGCGGCCGGGGGGCUCUGCCGCCGCCGUUCCCCCCGCUUCUGCGGCGCCGCCGGGUUUGCUGCUGCUGCCGCCCGCCGCCGCCGCCGCCUCCUGCCCGCCGGCUCCCGGCUGGAUCGAGAGACCCGCCGGCACCGGCGGCUACUGGGACAGCAACUGGGACAGACGUGAACCACUGGCUCUUAUCAACCUCAAAAAGAAAAAUGAAGAAACUGGGGAAGAAGAACUUGCUUCACGCUUAGAUCACUGCAAAGCAAAAGCCACCAGGCACAUAUUCCUUAUCCGUCAUUCUCAAUAUAAUCUGGAUGGCCGGGCUGAUAAAGACAGAACUCUGACCCCACUGGGUCGAGAGCAGGCUGAGCUGACUGGACACAGGCUGGCAAGCUUGGGAUUAAAAUUUGAUCAGAUUAUCCACUCCUCCAUGACUAGAGCAACUGAAACAACUGAAAUUAUAAGCAAACAUCUCCCAGGAGUCAAAAAAAUUAGUACUGAUCUGCUGAGAGAGGGAGCACCUAUAGAACCAGACCCUCCAGUCUCUCACUGGAAACCAGAAGCUGUGCAGUAUUACGAAGAUGGAGCUCGAAUUGAGGCUGCUUUUCGAAACUUCAUUCAUAGAGCUGAUGCAAAGCAGGAAGACGACAGCUACGAGAUCUUUGUCUGCCAUGCCAAUGUGAUCCGCUAUAUUGUGUGCAGAGCAUUGCAGUUCCCCCCAGAAGGCUGGCUGCGAAUGUCUCUCAACAAUGGCAGUAUAACUCACUUGGUGAUACGUCCCAAUGGAAGAGUGGCACUUCGAACGCUGGGUGACACAGGUUUCAUGCCUCCAGAUAAAAUCACGCGCACCUGAAUGAGCAAAACUGAUGGCUGUCCAGGAGCUGCCUCUAGUCUCUUUGCACUAGUACAUUCAGCUACAGUACCACUAGAUUUUUUUCUGUUACGUUGGGGUGUGAUGCUGUCUUAAAAAUGUCCUUCAGCCCCCUUGCCUCCUUCAUAGAUACUCAUAUCUGCCUUUCAGUCCAGAAAAGAAGAAAUCUUUGUAAGCCUGAAGCUGUCCAGUCCUCAAGUAUUCCCCAAAACUCAAAGCUGAGCUGUGGAAUACAAAGAGAUUGAAUGUCUGUGUGCUCAGCAGUUGCAAAAGCACUGACUUUCCUUACCUGC